CAGUGUAGUGCGAAGAUGGCGGACGAGGAGGCCGAGCAGGAUCACAGUCGUGCUAACAGUAUCAGUGAAAAGAUUGGGAAACUCAGACAACGUCUACAAGGACUGCAUGAAGAAUUGUCAAGAAAGGUCGCCAGUGACUCCUCCACCCAAUUCUCUUCUGUAUAUUGCCAGGAGUUUUGUAUGACACUGUUGGAGUAUGCAGGCCUUUGGAAGAUAGAGGAAGACCCUUGGCCAGUGGUUGAAGUACAUAUCGUUGCCCUGCUGAGUUACGCCCAGGCUUCACCAUACCUCUCCCUGCAGUGCGAAAAUGUUUCACUUGUGGCUGAGAGGCUCUCAUUGAGCUUUCUGGAACUUUUGCUCUCAUUGAAGGAAGAUGUUCCAGAUUGCUUAUGGAAACAAUUCAAGUCAUCAGUGCAGGUUGCUUGCAACAAGCUUCGGGAGAAUGGAAUCACUCAGCUGUCCCCGUUGGCUGCUAUGUGCCAGUACGAUGGUAUUUGGGCUAACAGGAUCCUGCAAGGGCUUCUGGCCAAUGAAAACCCACAAACAGAACAAGUUGAGGAGUUUCUGGUGCAGGAGGGGCUGGUUCUGCUGGAGAUGAGAGUGAAGCAGCUGAUGAAGGAGAAGCAGAUGGGAAAGGCUGCACUGUUGGCAAAGACGUGUUCUGAAUCUCGCGCCUUUCAAGGGCAGGGACCUUUCAAGCAGAUAUAUCUUGUCUGCCUUUGUAACACCUCACAACAGAAUCAGCUAAUGGAUGAGCUUUCAAAAGAAGACUGUCGUGAUGCAUUAGAGAUGAUUUGCAACCUGGAGUCAGAUGGAGAAGAUAGUGCAGCUUUCAGCUUGUGUUCAGCUUUCCUGACUCGACAGCUUCUUCAAGGAGACAUGUACUGUGCUUGGGAGCUCACUCUUUUUUGGAGCAAACUGUUGAAGCGAUUGGAGCCAUCAGAGCUGGCCUUCCUUGACAGAUGCCGCCAGAUGUCAUUGCUUUCAAAAACUCUGUACCACAUCCUGUUUUUCAUCAAGGUUAUUCAAUCAGAGAUUGACGAUGUUGGCCUGCCAGUAUGCAUUGAAAUGUGCAUAAGGGCUCUACAAAUGGAAUCAACUGAUGGAAAUGCAAAAACAACAGUGUGUAAAACUAUUUCGUGUUUGCUUCCAACUGACCUGGAAGUGAAGCGAGCCUGUCAGCUAACAGAGUUCCUCCUGGAACCCACCGUGGAUUCAUACUAUUCUGUAGAGACUCUUUAUAAUGAACCAGACCAAAAACUAGAGGAGGAGAAUAUGCCUAUUCCCAAUUCUCUACGUUGCGAGCUCCUGCUUGUCUUUAAAACCCAGUGGCCCUUUGAUCCUGAGUUUUGGGACUGGAACAUGCUAAAGCGACAUUGCUUGGCGCUUAUGGGAGAAGAAGCUUCAAUAGUGUCAUCCAUUGACUUGCUGAAUGAUACUGAGAUGCUUGAAGAAGACGAAGACUUCCUGAAUGGGCAGUCAUUUAUUAACGUGCCGGACUGCUUAGUCAGUGGCACCUAUGACCUUAAAGAUAUCACAGACAAGAGACAGAAAAACAGAGAAAUGAAGAAACUGAGGGAAAAGGGCUUCAUAUCUGCCAGGUUCAGGAACUGGCAGGCCUAUAUGCAAUACUGUGUGUUGUGUGACAAAGAGUUUCUCGGCCACAGGAUUGUACGCCAUGCACAAACCCAUCUAAGCAGUGGGGUAUAUACUUGCCCCAUAUGUGCUCAAACUUUUACCUCAAAAGACACAUUAAUGCCCCAUGUAACAUUGCACGUCAAAGAGUCAAGUAAGGAAAGGCUGACUGCAAUGAAAACAAGCAAGAAACUGGCUAAUCCCAAGACAGCUGCGCCUGUCAUUGCAGCUUUAAAGGCCAACACCAGUGAACUUUCCAAAAAUGGUGGUUCCUUAGGGCAAAAUGUCGAGUUGAUUCAAAACACUCAGUCUAAAACAACUAAGACUAAAACAGAAGGUAAUGAGGAAAACAUGUGUCCUGUUGGAAAAUGCAGAAGGAGCUUCAAAUUUUUUAAAAACCUUAUCGCACAUGUUAAAGCUCAUGGAGACAAUGAAGAAGCAAAGACUUUCCUUGAAAUGCAGAGCAAAAAGGUUGUUUGCCAGUACUGCCGUCGCCACUUUGUUAGUGUUACUCAUCUUAAUGAUCAUUUACAGGUCCACUGUGGGGUAAAGCCUUACAUCUGUAUACAGUUGAACUGCAAGGCAAGUUUUCUCUCCAACACUGAGCUCAUCAUACAUAAGAAAACACAUUCUGUUUUUAAAGCUAAAUGCAUGUUUCCAGAUUGUGGGAAAAUUUUCAGCGAGGCCUUUAAACUAUAUGACCAUGAAGCACAGCAUUAUAAAACUUUCACUUGUAGGGUUGUAGACUGUGGAAAGGUAUUUCAUUCACAACAGCAGCUGGAUUUACAUGAGAAAAGGCAUGCUACUCAAGAAGAAAACAAUCCAUUUUCUGAGCAAUCUUCACAAGAUAUGAAGUCUAGCUCAUCACUCAUUGAACAAAUGCUUUCUAAUCACUCUCUCCUUAAACAAAGGAAUGCUGAAAGUUCUGUGAAUCCAACUCAGGAAAAGCUAUCAGUCUCCAUUGAGACCUUACUGAAAUUUCCUCGAGAGUCUGUUCAAACUGUAGGACAGUCUGGAUCUGAACAUAAAUUACAAAGUUCGUCAUUUUCAACCAGUCAGGCAGACAGUUUAAAUAAUUCUGUUAUUCUGUCUCCUCAUUCCCUCUUGUCUGAAUCUAACAGAAACGAAGAGGAUUCAGAUACUUAUUCUCUUGAUUAUGUGAAACCACUUCAGGCGAAUCAUCCAAUACCUCAGUUUGAAGCCCGUUUAGGUAAUGUUUUACUAAACCAGACACACAUCAUCCCCAGCAAUGUAAAUACUCAAGCGUUAAGUUACAACUCUGACUGUAAGUUACCAUUACCAGUGGAGCAAGAGCCAUUGUGCAGUGGAAACCUUUUGACAGUAUCACUGCCACAGAACAUAGAGCCAGCAAUAUCACAACCAUGCCCCUCAACAGUAAGCUCUCAACUCCUAACUAUGAAUAAACCAGAAAACUCUGCAACAUCCUCAAAUAGCAUUGGUACAGGUUUGUCUCUAGGACAGAGAACACGAUUUCAUUGUGUAUUUGAAACAUGUACAAAACACUACAGCUCCUACAGAAGUGUUACCAAGCACAUGAGAGCAGUUCACUCAGAUUUCUAUGAGAAAUGGAAAGUUGCUCGAACUAAAAUCAAGAUAACCUGUGCUCCAACACCAAGCACAUCAUCUGUUGGACUACUCAGUUCAGUCUCCUUGCAGGCUGACAGAGUACCAACUCAUGGAGUCCAGAAGCAUGAUAUUAAUCAGUCACCCUCAUAUACUAACAUGGGUACAGAUUUUAACUAUAGUACCUUAGCUAAUCCUAUCCUGUCCUCAUCUGCUUUCAAGCAGAAUGGUGCACAUUUAAUGGCAAAUGUUGUAAAAACCAGUAUUAUUUCUCAGUUAGGAAGUGAUGGGCAUCCAGUAACUGCACCAUCUGAGGUUUCAGAACAAAUUCCCAACUCUGGCCCUUCCCAAGUCUACCCAUCUAAGAUACAAAGUGUGCCACAAGUGAAUUCUACUCUUGCUACUUUGCCAGUCACUGUUCCAUCUUGCUCUAUGAUAGGAUCAUCAGUGAACACACCUGCAGAAUCCUUGAACUCACUAGUUAUGGAGAGUAGGCCCCUGUCUGUUCUUUCUUCCUAUAGGAAUAGUGCAAAGGAAGUGGAUGACUUCUCACCAUAUAAACCACAUUUGCAUAGCAGUGUAGUCUGCCUUUCCAAGACCCCAGAAAAUACAAACACCAUGUCAAAUAAUGCACAGUCCAAUUUUCCUGGUCCAAACUGUACAAGCCAGAAAGGCAGCGAAAACCAAUCUCGGAAUGACCCAGCCAUCUCUGAAAACAAUCCUGAAAAUCAAAGACAAGGCAGAAAAAACAAAGGGUCCAAAUGGCCAGCUAUCAUUAAGGAUGGCAGAUUUGCCUGCUGUAGGUGUUUUAGACAAUUUAAUAGUUCCAAAUCCUUUGGAGGCCGUUUGUCAAAAUGUCCAAUUUGCAAACCAUACAAAGAGUCAGAGUUGAACACAGAGUUGCCAAGAUCAUUUCUUGAUCUUCUUACAUCAGAGCAAACUGUUGGCUCCUCUCAACCACAGUUGUUUCAUCAGAUGAAGCCUCAUCAGUCUGUAACAAGUGUUAUAGCUGCUGCAAAAGAUUACCCCUCUCCUAAUUAUACACAAGAUAACUUUACAGCAUAUAAGUCAAAUGACCACAUUCUUAAACAAAGCAUUGUGGAUAAGUCCGACCAAACACCUUGUGCUCUGUUUGCAGCAGGUGAGUAUUUGCCAGGUAGCUCUGUAAUACAGCAUACAGAGAAUGUUAAGCUAGAGCGAGAGGAUAAGUCUUAUAUUAUGACAAGUUUACCUCAGCCUGGCAAUACAUUUACUGAAUUCCCUGAACCACUUCUUAUGCAAACACUGACAGAAAACCCUCCCUCCUCCAUUCCUGGCAGUGUUUCUACAAAGCACAUGACCCCUGAGGAUUUCCAUGGUGAGCGAUGUCACUUUGAGACAUUUCAGACACCAGAUAUAGAAUCUAACACAGUGACAAAAACACUGUUACCUGAUAGUCUAGCAACAAGAGACAAACAGACUGAGAUUCAAAGGAAGACUACAGAGCAAGAUGUUAAAAAGAGGUUGCGUGAGCAGAUUUUGGCAGGCGACUUUCAACGCAGAAAGAGCAUAUGUCAUUCUGGCAACUCUGAUCUUGAUACCAUUUUUUUUGGCCAAAUCUGCUGUCCUUCCAAUAAUUCUCAACCUUGUGCAUUGUCUCACAAUACCAAGAGUGGCUCAUCUAGGGAAGGACAGUUUGAGGAAAAUUGGAAAAUAACCACACAGACCUCUGGUGAAAUUGAAAGACUCCUGAACACUCAAAGCUUUACUUGUUUCAGAGAGACUAACACACCAAAACAGGAGACACGUACCUUCACAGGCAUUGAAUCUAAUGAUCCUGACCCUGAACCCUGUCAGUUGUCUGCCAGCCAGGAACAGUUUAUGACAGAAAUUCAAAGUGCGUUUGAAAGGCUUAACUUAGUGAGAGAAAUAUCUGAGCAGAUGUCAGCCUCUGUGAAACAGAAUAACACUACUACCAACAGCCGAAUGGGACCUACAAAGACUGAUUCACGACGGUCAGUGUCGUCAACCUUGAUUAAGCCUUUUGCUUGUGAGAUUGGGAACUGCACAUUUAGUUCCAUGUCUAGCGAAGCACUCUGGAAACACCUCUCAAAAACUCAUAACUACACACUAGACAUGGUUAAUGAGGUUAAAAAAAUGUAUGGCCAGUAUGCUCCUUUCAAGUGUCAGGAAUGUAGCAAGACAUACACUCGGAACUCAAACCUUCGCACUCAUUAUCAGUCAGUUCACAGGUCUUAUAAACCAGCUGAAGAAAAUGCACAUCUAGAUUUCAAGCAGAGGCUGUCCAAAGCUUCAGCAUCUGCUACUACUCAAAACUGGCCCGUGGGUAAAAACCAGAUUCCAGUGGCACAACACACAAUAUCUUCUCAUAAAUCACCCGAAAGUGGAACACAUCUGUAUUUGCACCAGGAUGCAGUGAUUCCUGAUUACCAAUCACAAUCAUUUGGACGGUGUCAUAAUGCAGACAUAACAUAUAACACAUUUCAAGACAAUUUCUCCACAGUCAUAAAUUCCUUGCAAGUAGCUCCCACUCAGACCCAAACAUUAACUCCACCAGUAUCGGCCAAAACUUCAACCACAACAGACUUUCAGUCAGUACAAGCCAGGAUAUCAGCAAAUCAAUCGUCGCAUGAACAACAAAGAAGCUUGCUCAAGUUGUCCUCUCAGAGUGUAAUGGGUCAGCAAGUAGGAACCAACUCGGCCAAAGUGUCAGCCACUCUUACCCAGGCUUUGUCUGUCACACAACCUAAAGGGCUUCCCUGGCUUGACAAACCAACUGUUUGCAACAGGCAGUCCAAUAAAUCCAGUUCAGGUGAUGUCAUUAGUCCAUACAGACCGUAUCAAUGUGUUCAUCAAGGCUGUGUAGCAGCCUUUACUGUUCAACACAAUCUGAUCCUCCACUACAGAGCUGUUCAUCAGUCUGCUUUAUCAACAUUGGAGGUGAACAAAGAGCAGUGCCAGCCUGAGGUACUGGAUGAAAUAAUGGGCCAUGAUGAGGCCCAAGAACUCAAAUUUACUCACAUUUCAGAAUUUCGAUGCCAAAUCAAGGACUGCUGUUGUGUUUUCCAAGAAGUUCCCACUCUCUUUCAGCAUUAUCUACAGCUACAUAAAUUAAGCCUUGAUCAUAUUGGUAAUCUCUUGUCUGGCAUCAAGUAUGGCAAGUUUGCUUGUGGCCACCAAGGUUGUACAGAAUCUUUCAUUGCUAUCUGGACGUAUAUAGGGCAUCUCAAGAAAAUGCACAAAGAUGUCAAACUAGCCAGGCCUGAACAAGUAAAUGGUUCAUUCAAGUGUGAAAUUGAAGGUUGCGACCGUUCGUAUGCCACAAGGUCAAACUUGCUUAGACAUGUCAUGAAAAAGCAUCAGGACACGUACCAAAGUACACUAAAAAAUCAACAGAUAAAAGAAGAGCAGACAAAACCAAACUCAAAAACGUUACGUUACCAAAUAACUAAGGCAAGUAAUGGUAAGGAAAACAUUGAGAGCAAUAAAGAGAUCUUGCUGAGGGAAAGUAACAUAAAGAGGUUUAGCAAGUCAAAGUCAAGUCACUGGGUUAAAUAUGGAAAACCCUCCUUGAAAUCCAAAGUAGAGGCAUCUGCAAUGUGCACAAAGAAAUUUCCUCUUCAGUACCCCUGUAUGAUCAAAGCUUGCGAGUCAGUCAUGAAGUCAGAGCGGAGCAUAAUGAAACAUUAUGUGGGACAUGGCUUGCCAGAAAAGUACCUGGAACAGCAGAGGAGUCACUUCAUAUUUUGCAAAAAGUUCCCAAGGCAGAAGUGUCAUUCAAUCAGGAGUGAUGAUUCCAAGUCAGACAACACCUCAGACUUGUCAGAUCCUGAAAUUACCUCUGACCUGGGCAUGGAAGGAGGGGAAUAUAGAUAUUCAAAGCCUGUCCUACGCAGAAGGACAUCCACAGGACUCCCUGUUGCAUUGUUUGACAACAAAUUGUCAAAUAAUGACUCUGAUGGCCCCAUGGUACUCAAACGCAAACGAGGACGUCCACGAAAACUCAUAGAAAAAAUGGUAGAAUGCAAGAAAAUUGCACGUACAAAAAAGACAGAUGUGGUUCACAGCAGGGACGAAGAAACAGACUCCUCAUCUGCUGUGGUAAUGCAGGAAGAAAGGAUGGAGCAGAGCACAUCUUUGGCGUUGUUUAAACCAAUGGGAUUUGAAAUGUCUUUCUUAAAAUUUCUGGAACAAUCAAGCAAAACUGAACAUUCUCCACUGAGCAAGGUUAUUGUGUCAGACAUAUGGAAGAAUCCAUCCAGACUGAAUACUAAAGACAUUUGUGUCACGUUCAGCAACCGCCAAAAUUUGAAGUCACUUAGUAAAGUAAGAAUAAAUUUAGAUGCAAACUCUUCAGGUGUCACUGAUCUUACAUUAAAGCAACUGCAGGAUAUGCAACCUACUGUGGUAUUACAAAAAAAUGAUUUGUGUUUUUGUUUUUAAAAGCAUAAUCUCAGAACUUGAGUGAGAUCACUCCUGCUGCAUAUUGGUGACCUGAAAAAACAAAAUACAAAACAGUAGUACUGUAUUAUAUUGUACUAUUGUAGUAAUUUUUUGUCAUUUAUAAUAAAAUGUAUAGCAUGUUUUUCUUAUGGACUAUUAAUUCAAAAGAUUUUGCAAAAAAAAUGAUGACAACAGCUUGUGUAAUGUAUUAUUUCUGUAAGACUAGGAGAGGGAUGGACUAUGGACUAAACCGACUGUGUGUAGUUUGUGAUUUAACGAUGGUAUUUACGUGCACUGUGUGUAUAGUUUGAAACCACCACUGUCACCAGAAGGUCUUACUAUUAAACCGUUUUUAUUUUA